ACUUCACUAGGUGGUACGUACUGUACGCGUACCGACUGCUUAUGUGCAGCGCUGAGCUUGAUCAAGCGACCGAGUGAUUCCGAAAUAGGUGUAACUUAGUUAAAACUUUGUAAAAAAAAGUGUCAAAACGGCAAAUAUUCAACUUCUACUGGACUUUGGAAUUGGAGGCUCAGAUGCAAGUAUUUUAGGUUGUGAAUUAUUUAGGGAGAUUUACUGACUUAUGAGGUUCUGUGGAUGAGGAGUAGAAUGAAGGAAGAUAAUGAAUUUCCAGAGGUAACCACCUCAGAGAUAUUGGAGGUAGGCGUGAUAGGGUUGGGUGUUGCCACGGUUACAUUCACUGGACCCAUGUCGGCCUCCAAGCUCAGUAUAAUCAUAGUUUAUAUUGUAGCAUCAAUCACACAGUUUUUGAGGAGACCUGAACAUUUAGCUGCUCAAGAAGCCUGGACUUUCAGGAAGAAUUCCAAUAAUGGCAUUGUGGUUGGAUCCCUUCUCUUCAUGUUAGUAUCCCUCGGCCUUCAAGGCAACACCUGUCAAGGUUUCCAAUCAGGCCUGGACUGCUCCGUCAUCCAGCUCAUGUUUCUCAAUCUUCUAGUUCUAUUAGUAUGUUCUGUGCCUAACCUUGGUAAGCCAUGGAUCAUCAUGGGUCAGACAGUCUAUGCCCUAGGAGGGUUUAUGUUUGUUAGGAGUGGUCUGCAGGGCAUGCCUACAGCUGUCAUCAACAUUGUGGAUAUGUUUAUCUUUUAUCCAACUAUGACAUUGAUGUUCUUCAGUGCAUUGUUGAUGUUCUUGCCUGGUAGUCUCACAGCAGGGGAAGCUCUCUUUAUCACUCAGAUACUAACAGCUCUGACGAGGGUACCGGUAGAACCAGCUUAUACAGAUACACCAGAUAGACACCUAUCUUAUAUUAGGAAGGUUUGUUUGACAUCUUGUAUACACAUAGCCAUCGUGGUGAUGUAUGUGGUGACAAAACUCAAUGAAAUCAAUUUAGCAUACUCUAAAGGCUGCAUUGACAAAUGUACAGCAGAUAAGAAAAGAUGGAAAUGGAGCCUCUAUUUCUACCUUGGAGUAGCAGCUGAAAUCCUUCUCUUUGAGUUACCAAGGCUUUAUAUAAGGAUAGGGGAAAACCCUUUUCUCUGGCUUUUAGAUUUUAUUCUCACUGACAGAAAAAGAAUCAUUCUGAUCAACAUCUGGUUAAUUCUAAUGACUGUUGGCAUUGGAGUGGUGAUAUUCAAUCAAACCUCAUCAACUCAAGUUAGAAAGAUCUUUCAUAUUUUAGCUGUAGCAGUGUUUAUCCCUGGCCUCUAUCUUGAUCCGCAGUUAUUACUUCUAGCUGCCACUGGACUCACAUGUAUCUUCAUAUUGACUGAGGUCAGUACUUUCUUUCUAUAGUGUUCAAAUUUAAAUUGUGGGGGCGUUGUGGUUUAGUGGAUCAGAGGGUUUUGGGUUCAAAUCCAAGCCAUAAUGUGUGUUUCUUUCAGCAAGGAAUUUACCCACAUUGCACAGCACUAGACCCAGGUGAUAUGAAUGGUUACCAAGCAGGAAUAAAUGUACAGCAUUGGAAACAGCAGCUUGAGCAAGAGCCAGGGUGGUAACAUUAAUAGUUUACUUUGGAAUAGAUGAUGUCUACAUGUAGAUACGUGUAGAUGGUAUUAUACAAAUGCCUAGUAAGAUUAGUAGUAGUGUCAUUUAAAUCAUACUUGGUGUGCAAAUCAUGAAAAUACUUAACCUGAUUGUAUUAUUUACGAUAUCAUCGGAUGUAUCCAUCUACUUUUGCUAGUUCAUGACUUGCCCUCGAAUAUUGUGCACAGAGUUCUGCGCAAUAGUGCCAUCUCUCGGUGAACUAUUGAACUUGCACUUCCGUAUCAAUUCCAAGCAAGCGAGUGUUCCUCUAUAACCUGCGGGGAGUCGUCCCAUGGUCUCCUCCUCGGUUGGAGCACCGAGAGCUGCCGGGGCUGAGUGGCAACGUACAUGCUUCGUGGGCUGACCCACCGUACUGCCGGCUCAUUGAGCUGGCCUUAUGCACUGGGGGAGUCACCCUCUGUGCAGGCCUUGUCCUGGCACGCGAGUGAUUUAUUUAUUUCAUCUAGAAAUAGGAAGCCUUCAAGCUAACUAAUUUCAAAAGAAAUGAUAGAAAUGAUAAGCUGAAUAAAUACAAAGAGGCACUUGGCUUACCCUGAGCAGUAUAUACUUUAUGUAAAAAUAAUACCAGAUUUGCAAUGAUACUGGAUCUAUGGAAGCUCACAUUUAUUUGGAUGAAAGCAACAUGUAUUCAUUUUGACUAAAAAUGGUUUGUGAUUGUCGCUUAAAGGUUUCACCUUGGUAACAGCAGUUCUCCAUAUAUACAUAAUAAUGAAAAACACCCAAGUUUAAGGUGAAUACUUGCAUACAUGAGUGAAAUUCCUGACCCCAGGGCCUGAUCCAAUUCAAAUAUGUCUAGAUAUUGUGUAGCAUGAGUUGUACUGCGUGAAUAUAGUGCUGAUAUAUAAGAAAUAAUUGCUUAUAAGUGUAAAAAAUUUAAUUAAAUUGAGUAAAUCAAAUACUUAUCACAGAAAAGAAAUAGGCUUCCCCGUAUUAUGUGUAAAAAAAAAAAAAAGCAUUUGCAAUUAUUUCAUGAUUUACACCAGCUUGCAUUUUAGUGACAGCAAAUACACGUAUUCACUUUUAGAAAAAACAGUUUAUGUGAACAUACAUACUCUACCAUGUAAAGGUCAAGUCCAACCCAGAAAAAAUUUUCAUCUGAAAAAUAGAGAAAAUCAAACUGAAAAUUUCAUCAAAAUCUGGUGUAAAAUAAGAAAGUUACGACACUUUAAAGCUGCGCUUAUUUUCCACAAAACAGUUAUAUGCACAUCUGACAUGCAAAUGAGAGAGUCUAUUAUGCCCUUCACUCACUAUUCAUUUUGUUUUUAUUGUUUGAAUUAUACAAUAUUUCAAUUUUUACAGACUUGACAAUAAUGACCAAUAAAUGAACCACAAAAUGAUACGACAAUGGUAAUUCUACAUGUUUAGGGAGGAAUGAAACUUUGUUUCAAAUAGCAAUGAGUGGAAAAUUUAGUUUAACCACUAAACUGCUAUAGGCUGUAAUGCGCACUGACCCCCCUGGUGCUACUGAAUGGGACUAACAAGUAAGAUCUAUUUCGGACUACAACUUACAGCGACUUGGGGGGAAAAUUGUAAAUAAUCACAUCACUUUCCUCAUCACUAUUUCCAAUAUCCAUACUCCAUAC